CCUAAUUCCAUCCACAGGCUCCUCACUGUCCUUUCCCCUUCCUCCUUUGCUUUCGCUCAUGAACCACUCCAUUGACUGUCGCUCAACUAAUUAUCUCCAAGUUCCCCAAAAGCAAAAGGAAGGCUGAAUUUCAGAAUUUGGAAAGGGAAAGUGGGGGAUUCGAUCAGGGGAGGAAUGUCGGAUUGGGGCCCCGUCUUCGUGGCCGUGGUGCUGUUCGUGCUGCUGACGCCGGGCCUGCUGUUUCAGCUGCCGGGCCGCCACCAGUUCGUGGAGUUCGGGAAUUUCCAGACGAGCGGCGCCUCGAUCAUGGUCCACUCGCUCCUCUACUUCUGCCUCGUGUGCGUCUUUGUUCUGGCCCUCAAGGUUCACGUGUAUCACAGAGACGCGUGCGCGCGCAGAGAGAGACCGAGAGAGAUGGCGGAUUGGGGGCCGGUGGUCAUAGCGGUGGUGCUGUUCAUACUGCUGAGCCCGGGGCUACUGUUUCAGCUGCCGGGGAAGAUGAAGGCGGUGGAGUUCGGGAACAUGCAGACGACCGGGGCCUCCAUUCUCGUCCACACCAUCAUCUUCUUCUGUCUCAUCACCAUCUUCCUCAUCGCCGUCGGCGUCCACAUCUACACCGGAUAGUUUUAUUUUCUCCUAUGACGGUUGUUUCGAUUGGUUUGAUGUUUUGUUUUGAUUCUGUUCCACUUCGUUUGGUUUUUUGUUGGGUUUUUUUGCUUGAUUCUAGUCAAGUGUACCUGAGUGACGAAGAUGCUAUGAUAAGAUCUGCUCUUUCCAGGUUCCUGCUUUUUCUUCGGCCGAUGCCAGAGGGAACGCUAGGGAUCUUCUCUUGAUAGUUUUCUUUCCUAUGCCAUCACCCUCUGAAUUGUAACUCCCAGACAAUAUAUGACAGUGCACACAUAUGACUACUGAUUCA